AUGAGUUCCGAGAAGGAAUCCACAGCAGGUGCCGCAAUUGAUUCAGCUGACGUGGUGCUCACUGAGCAAGUUUGGAAUGGAUUCAAGACCUCCAGCGGCCUGAUUGUGAGCCAAGUGUAUCGCUUGAAUGGCACCGAAGUCGUAGACAUCUUCACGGCAGAGACGCAGUCUGUUUCUCCCCUACCUUUCUCUGGCCUUGGGCUGGAAGAUCUCAGGCCGGAUGCAGAGUCCUUGUUGCCCGGGCAAAGGCGGAAAGUCGAGGGCUGGAACCUGCAAUCCACACUUCGAAAUGCCUUUCGCGUGCUCGCCGCGCGCCCAGCCCUGGGGCAGUACGUCAACGGGGAGCUGCUGUGGACCUCCUGGCAGACGCUGGAUCAGCGCAGCGCAGAUCUCGCCCGCUUCUUGACGAGCAUCUUGCCGAAGUCUGCCUGCGUAAUCCUGUGUGCACGAAACUCGGUCGACUGGAUUGUGGCUCUGCUGGCCGUUGUGCUGGCAAAUUGCAUUGCGGUUCCCAUUCACUUCCUCGCGAGCGAUACAUUUCGUGAGGCGGUGGUCGCGGAAGCAGAUGUUCAGGCUGUGUUCACCGACGCACCAGGCAACUGGAAGUCUGCGACCGUUUUCGACAUCGGCAAGAUGUGCGAGAUGGAGGCCCAGGGAGCUAAACUCAGGAAGUCUGAUGAGUUGCGAGACGCUUCGUUGAGCUCAUUGAAGCUGAGCAUGCAAGACUUGCUCAAGGACCUUGGCAACGUGCCCAGGACGUCCACGCGCAGCGCGCAGCAAGCACUACAAGCAUUUCUGGCACAUGAGAAGUGGGACGAUGAGCUUGGUCAGCUCAUCGUGAUGCUUGCAAGAAACGACAUGCAAUGGGCCGCGGCAUUGGCAGCACCUGGAGUAGUUGGGCCACUGACUUUACGUGAGCUGGCGGAGAGUUGGGUGAAGCCAGCCCAAGCACGCGCACAGUGGGAAGCAGUUGGAGAGAGCUUUGGCGAUGUUUGGCUGACAGCUGUGCUGGAGGCUCUUUCUCGUCAGCGGCGACCUGACAGCGGCUGCCUGGCGUACGCUUUGGCCCUGGCCAGGCGGCAGACGUUUCUUGACCCUUGGGUGGUCGAGUUGGCGUGCCGGCUGGCGGCCGUCUUGCCUCAUCACGCACAGCAGUCCUGGUUCGACUUGGCAGACAAAGUGGCUCCGGCAAAGGUUGGCGCGUUCUACGAGGUUCUUUGCGCUGCGCCCUUGCGGUCCAGCAAGGGAGAUGCUCAGGACAUUGUUUACGAAUUGCCCGAGGGCUCGGUGGUGGAGGUCUUGCAGGUGAGCGGAAGUGCCGUGCAGGUUGCUUGCGAGGUUGCGCAAGGAUGGCUCGAUCUCUGGGACAGCGCCGGCGCGCCCGUCAUGGAUGAAACCAUCCCAGAGCCGAUUGCGAUGAUCCUCUACACCAGCGGCUCAACGGGCCUUCCCAAGGGUGCACUAGUCAAGAACAGCGCGCUGAAUAGGUACAUGUGCAAUAGGAUAAACACUGGCGACAGUGAUUACUCUGGGGUGCACAUUCAUGGAGCUCCGCUCUCAACGUCUGCAGCUCCUUACAACAUCUUUGGGAACAUCUUGGGGGGUGGCCGCACGGUGAUUCUUCAGGAGGGAGGCCAGCUAUUUGAGGUUGCGCCCUCCGUUGGCCCAACCCAGCUGGGCGGCGUUCCCCAGAUGUGGGCGCUCCUGUACAAGCGCUUUCAGGAUCGGCUGGCGUCAUGCGAUGUGGCGGGGGCAGAGGCCCUGCAUGAAGAGGCCAAAAGUUGGCUGGGGCCAAGGAUCCGCCAAAUCAACUGCGGGGGAGCCUUGCCGUGCCCCGCGGUGAUGCGCUGGCUCCAGAGCACCUAUAGAGAUGCAGAGGUGCAUGAGAAUUAUGGUCUCACUGAGGCGGGAGGCAUCACAGCUGGUGCUGCAGGCCAACUGCAGACCAUCAAGGAUGGGGUCCAAGUGCGGCUGGAAGAUUUCGGCGUGUACAAGGGCACGGAUGUGCCGCCGCGUGGGGAGAUCUGUGUAAAGACGCACCGCAUGGCUGCCGGGUAUUUGAACCGCCCCGACAUCACGAAUGAGACCUUCACGCCCGAUGGCUUCUUCCGCACGGGUGACAUCGGCGAGAUGCCAGACCCCAAGCACUUGCGCGUGAUUGAUCGGAAGAAGGCGUUCUUCAAGCUGAGCAACGGCGAGUGGGUGUCGCCGGAAUCUGUGGAGGCAAUCCUCCUGGAGUGCCCCGAAGUGAAGCAGGUCUUGGUGCAUGGAGACUCUGCGCAUGAUUCCACCGUGGCUGUAGCUGUUGCAAGCGUGCCUGCAGAGCAAGUGCUGGCGGCCUUCCGCCGCAUCAUGCUGCAGGCGGGCGCUCGGCAUUUUGAGACGCCCAAGGCGGUACAUGUCACGUCGGAGCCCUGGGAUGCACGGAAUGGGCUCCUAACGUCAACAGGGAAGCUCUGCCGCAGGAAGAUCUUCGAGGAAUUUGCAGAAGCUAUCCGGGAGAUGCUGGAGGCAGGAAGGGAAGAUGGCCAGAUAGAGCAUGAGGUCGUGCGAUUGAUUCGGCUGGGAACUGAUGAGGAAGCGUGGCAAAACCUUCAUCUGACCAGCGUUGCAGCCGUGAGCGCAGCGCACGCCAUCAGAAUUUCGUUUGGGGUCGACGUGUCGGUGAUCCACCUGUUGCAGAAACCUCCACUGGUUGCGAUGAAGGCACACGUCGAAGGCAGGCAGCCACUUUCCCUCAGCACUCGUCAAGAGCUCGUGGGCUUAGGAGACUUCGUCCCGAAGUCAGGCGACAGAUCCUCCAAACUCUUCCUGACGGGGGCAACUGGCCACGUAGGUGCAUGUGUGCUUCAGCUUGUAGUGACAGCCUCUAAGCUCCCAGUGGCGGCCUUGGUGCGUGGCCCGUCUCAUGCUGCGGCCAAGAAGCGUCUCCAUGACACCCUGACGCGGCGUGGCUACCUUGAGGCAGCUGAACAGGUGCAGGCGGACGGCGUGCAAGUGGUUGCUGGUGAUCUGUCGGAAGAGUGCUUGGGGCUUCCUGAGGAGGAGUUCCGUGAUCUUGCAGGAGGCGUCAUACUUCACGUGGCCGCAGAGGUGCACCACUUGCAGGGCUACAGUGCUUUGGAGGCCACGAAUGUUGCAGGAACCCGACGCCUCUUGAGUCUGGCAACUUUGGCACCCACGAAGUUUGUGCUGAUUUCGACCGAGUCUGCACAGGAAUCUCGCAGGGCCUCCGGGUAUGGACAGACGAAGCACGCAGCAGAGAGCCUUGUGCAGGAAGCGCUGUCCCGCGGCAUGCACGGCAGCAUUCUUCAGCUUGGGAUGGUGGGUCCGGACCGCGUGACCGGGGCGUCGAAUGUGCAAGACUGGCUCGUUCGCUACGUCUUGGGCACGCUUCAGCUGGGGGUUUGGCAUGGGGCUGGAUGCUUACGGCUGUUUCCGUGUGAGGAGGUUGCCAAGGCGAUUGUGGCUCGCAUUGAUGACGAUACCUGCAAGCCUGCUGCUUGCUUCUUGCCCUCUGCAGUUCUCAUGGGCUGGGUGGCCUCAUCUGGAGUCCUUUGUCGCCGGAUUCGCCAAGUUGCUCUCACAGAAUGGCAGGAACUGCUUGAGGACCUGCCGGAGUCCAACCCCAUGUUCCCCUUGCGGCACUACUACUGGAGAGGCUUGGGCAAGGACCUGACAGAAGCAGGGCCCUAUGGCUACGAUCAAGAUGUGGUGGACCGCAUGUUGAGGUUCCUGGAUCGGGAAGGCUUUUUCCCGAAAGCCUUGCUGCAGAGGACCAUGUCAAACAGCAGGGCAUCUGACAUUCCAAGUCGUCCAUCGCUGCAUCGGAGCAUCUCGCAAUCUUCAGCGCGUGCAGGGAACGACCGAGGUGCAUGA